CGGCAGCAGUGCGACGGCAUCCACCCCCUCGACCUGUCGCGUCUGAUCGCGUGCAUCGCUGCUCUCGAUGCGGAAUCCUGUGGCGUGUGUUUCGUGCCGCAGCGCGAAGCAGAAGUGCAUCCACAACGACGCACCGCCGUGUGACCGCUGCCGGCAGAGCGGACGCGCCGCGCUCUGCGAAUUUCCUGCACCAGGCACGUCAGCAAUUCACCGCAGACCAAAACGCCCGCGGCCCUCAGAGGAGACUCAAGGCGCAACUCCCCCGGGCGCCCCAGCAGCUGCUACGCCCCUCUCUCGCCGUGGUGACGCACACUUGCCGAGUCCCACAGAAGCCGCGCCGCUGAGCCCGAGAGCGGCAUGUUCGCUGCUCGACGGGCUAGACCCCUUCGACCUCUUGACAGACGAGGUCAAGAACAGCUACCUGCGCUGCUCGUACAAAUGGAGCUUCCACCACACGCCAACGCUGCUGCUGCGCAUCCGCGACCACACUCUUGAGCUGUACCUGGUGUGGGCCCUGCUGGCCCUGGCCGUGCGCUUCGUCAAAGACCCGCCCGCGGGCUUUACCUCACAGACCGAGGCCAGCAAUGCCUACGCCGCGCGCGCGCGUCAGCUGCUGCAGGCCGACCUGGAGACGCCGAGCAUCAGCCGCGUGCAGGCGCUGCUCAUGCUUACCGGCCACGACUGGGGCGCCGGCAAUGGUCGCCGCGCGUGGAUCUACCUAGGCAUGGCUAUCCGCCUGGUUGAGGUCAUGGACCUGACGCAGGAGCUGAAGACGCCGCGCAACCGCAUGCCGACGCGUGAGGAGUUCAUCGAGGCCGAGGUGCGCCGCCGCACUGCUUGGACUUGCUUCCUGAUGGACUCGCUGCUAAGCGGCGGCAAGGGCCGCAAGCGCUCGCUGAAUGCCGCCGACAUGGCCAUCCAGCUGCCCUGUGAGAAGGAGGCUUUUGUCUUCGGCGAGCCCACGUGUACCCCGCGCCUCGAUGGCAACAUGCACAUGCCGCCCAUUGCCCUGCCCGUCGGCGACAUUGGCAUCAUCGGCCACAGCAUGCGCGUCGCCAACAUUUGGGGCAAGGUUGCGCGCUGGGCGUGUACCGAGGACUUCAAGACGGAGUUGCCGUGGUCGCCCUCGUCGCAGUUCCAGCAGCUGAUCUACGAGCUCGAACGCUGGAAGAACAACCUGCCCCAGCGCACGCGCUACGACCUCUUCGCGCUGCACAGCCACAACGCCGUCGAGCAGGGCCAGGCCUAUUGCUACAUGCACAGCAUCUACUUCAUGAGCUACAUGUUCCUGCAUCGCGCCUAUCUCCCCGUGCUCGGGCCCCAGCAGAACGGUGCAGUAGGCGAAGAGACACCAAAUUCGUACAACGAGCACACCGACUUGUGGAAGAAUUGGCAAAAGACCUCGCGCAAGGAGCUGUUCAAAGAGGCAACCAUGGUGUUGGAGAUGCUGGAGGAGAUGCGCACGUUCGGCGUCUUCUUCCUCCGCGGUCUGGUGCCAUGGAUUGGCUUCACCAUCUACACAGCAGUCGGUGUCAUGCUGUACUCCUUCAAUUUUCCCAGCGACGAAGAUGACCCAAGGAUAGUCGAGAAGGCGCGUGAGAGGGUCAUACAGGGCUGCACGUUCUUAAAAGAGAUGAAAACGCAGUGGCCCAUGGCAGCGACAUGGUUCGAGACCAUCAAGCGCAUGCAGGUCUAUUAUCGCUCCUUCUCCGGCCAGGACGGACCGGCUUCUCCAGAAGAGCGCAAAGCGCUGCGACGAGCUAUGAUCGACUACGGAGCUCUGCAGCCCUCACCGGUGCAGAAGCCUUCGGAGGCGAAUAAGGGGCCAGACACCACUAUCGUUCAGACAGUCAUAUCUCCGCCACCACAAGAGAAUAAGUUUCUCAGUGUCACGCUGGGACCAAGCCAGCCGCUCGCCACACCGCCGACGGCAGCGCCGACGCCAACAAACUUCAACAACACGUACUCGUGGAAUACACCGAACCCCAUACCGCCGCUGGAGCUUGACGAGGCUUUCAGUUUCGAAGGGUUCGAUCUAAGCAAUGCGGAUUUGGAAGAAAUCAUGAUGAACGCUACGCAGGACUUCUGGGCCAGCUUUCCUGGCGAGGUGGGCGUUGGGUAUGGAAAUGAAUACGCGGGCAGUUAGGAAGCUAUUUCUGAGCUCCCCGAUUCCAAAGUGUAUAUUUAGUAUUCCUAAAAGGCGUUGCAGUACAGAAUGUGGACUUGGACUAUCGGCAGCCA